CCAUAAUUGUGGAUUAUGGUUGGUCGCGGCCGGAAGGGGUGCAUAUAUUUCAAUAUUACUUAAUGUGGCCCAUUCAAAUAUGAUGUCUUGACUUUAGGUCCUAUGAAAAUGUCUUUUUCACUAUAAUCGCAGAACCCUUCCAAAGUCCAAGUAAUUUUGGACUUGGCCUCCUCUUCUGUCGGAUUUGGUCAUCCCCCGUUGCUGUCUAUUUGAUUUUUACCCUUUCCCGAUCUAGAUGAAAUAGUACGUACAAAUGGCAAAUAUUUCGUCUUUGAUCGAGCUGAUGUAGUGUCCCAAAUUAGAAUCUUAAUUGUGAUCCCGAUAUAUAGUGAUUCAAGAUUAGUUGUGCGAAAGAUCCACUCAUGUUUCCUGUCACUGACUUCAUUUGAUCUAGCUAUGGUUGAGAAUCUUGAUUUUGAUUGAAUGCAAAUUUCAGGUUCUGGAAUUUUGAAUGCAGUGAGUUGGGGAACUUUGAUGCCUCUAGGGGCAAUGAUUGCAAGGUACUUGAAGGUGUUCAAAUCAGCCGACCCUGCCUGGUUUUACCUCCACGUAGCCUGCCAAUCCUCUGCCUACAUCGUCGGUGUCGCCGGAUGGGCCACCGGUCUUAAACUCGGCAGAGAUUCUGCCGGCAUUACCCAUUCCACCCACAGGAACAUCGGCAUCACCCUCUUCGUCCUCGGAACUGUUGCUCCAAUGGUGUUUGCCCUGCUUUUGAGGCCAAAGAAGGAUCACAAAAUCAGAAUAUACUGGAACGUCUACCACUGGACCUUCGGCUACCUUACGAUUAUUCUGAGCAUUGUCAACAUUUUCGAGGGAAUCGACUUCUUGAACCCCGGCAAAAACUGGAAGAGAGCUUACAUUAGCAUCAUCAUAGUUUUGGGCUUCAAUGCUGCUAUGUUGGAAGCCUACACAUGGUACCUUGUUAUAAAGAGGAAGAAAACUGGCUCAGAUAAAUACCCAAACAGCGCAAAUGGUGUUUCUGACUAUGGUAAUGGUACCAGAUCACAGCAGGCAGUAUAGUGUGGGUUAUAGAUUUUGACGGGCUCUGUGUUUUUGUUGGUUUUUGUUGCCUAUUUCCAGAUUUGGUCUUUUAGAUGAUUGAGUUAGGGUUUCUUUGGAGCCCCCCAUGUGAUGAGGGAGGCUAUUACUACUCGUGUAUGAUAACAGAGUUUCAUUCUUUUUGUCCUUCUGAUAUGUGUAGUUUUUCUGUGUUCUUACAUGAAUAGACACACUCUUGUUUUGGUUCUUA